AUGACUCAACCGAAGCCCGAGUACAGCACGCUGCCAGAGGUUGACGUGCGGGACCGCACAACGUUGCCUGAGGUUAUCAACAGUGAUCCGCCUGAGGCAAUCCACACUCCUUGGAAAGAAGCCGUCGCUCCACCACCGCCCUACAAAUCAGCAACAAUAUGCGGCAUGCGCAAAAAGACCUUCUGGAUACUACUAGUGGUAGCUCUCGUCAUUAUCAUCGGCGUAGCCGUUGGCGUGGGCGUAGGCGUCGGCGUCUCAAAAAAGAACAACUCGUCAAGCUCCGAAUCGACAACAACACCGUAUAAGCAGGGCGUGGCCUCAUACUCCCAGCUGGCAGCAAACAACUACACGGACGCAGACGGCGUGGUGCAUUCGCAGGUCUACUACCAGGACAACUCGAAAUCAAUAUGGAUGGCCGACUUCAACAAUGCGACCGAAGAGUGGUAUCUCAGCGAGGUCGUUGCCCAAAACAACAAUUCCGACAUGACCCCCCGCAUGGGCUCCCCCAUCGCUGCCGGCAAUUACUGGAGAAAUGAAACAGAAUUGAGCGACUUCCGCGUCAUCUGGGCCGACGAGAACGACCGAAUCCGCUCCGUCUUCACGCUCUACGAGGCCUACAACACGUCAGGCUGGAGCGUGCUGAACCAGUACGACAACUUCCUCUCCAUUGACGCCAACUCGUCGCUUGUCCACUACCUGCCCAUGUGCAACAAAACCACGACCUGCAAUUCUGCCGACUUCGUCGGCUUCCAGUCGUCCAACAGCUCCAGCAUGAGGGUGCAAUGGUUUGCCAGCGGCGGCAGCAGCGGCCUGCUGUACGCGCAAAAUGGCGACGUGGCACCCGACGACGGCUCCGCCAUGGCCGCCGCUCCGAUCCCGAAGAUUGAGAAGAGGGACAUGGGUUAUCCGGUCGUAGCGCUGUAUUUGGUCCAGGAUGAUAGUCUGGUCGAGCUGUAUGGAGGAUCGAAUAUUGACUGGACGAAUAACCAGCUUACCAUCAGCGGCAGCAAGGUUUCCGUGGACACCGGAGCAAAGAUGGCGGCGACCUCGCAGUACAGACUGGACGACUUCAACGUGCAGAUCCUGAUGACCAAGGCCGCCGGCGGCGUCAAGAUGGCGUACAUGUACGGCGACGCGUGGGCCACCGACAACUCGAUCGACGGCAUGGAAGACGUGCUCCCGCUUUCUCCCAUCGCCGCGAACCAGCUGGGCCGCGUGUACGCCUUCGAAAACGGGACCGAUGGCAACCCGCAGCUGGUCGAGUGGCAGCGGGUUACCGGUCAGAAGCCGACGUUUGAGCGGCUGGGUGUUAUUAACACGACCGCGAGUACGGCAUGA